GGCCGCCGCCGCCGCGCUCCUCCCCUUGCCGGUCCCGGCGAGCGAGGCCUGUGCCGAGGCCGGGCCGUGCCGCGGCGGUAGCGGCAGGGAGGAGGCGGCGGCGGCGGACCGGCUGGGGCCGGCGCCCGGGCCCGGCUCCGGGACGCUGGGCAAGAUGCCGGGCGGACGGGUGUGCGCCGCCUGCGGCUGCUCGGAGAUCGAGGUGGACGCGGCGCGCGGGGACGCGGUGUGCACGGGCUGCGGCUCGGUGCUGGAGGACAACAUCAUCGUCUCCGAGGUGCAGUUCGUGGAGAACAGCGGCGGCGGCUCCUCCGCCGUGGGGCAGUUCGUGUCGCUGGACGGUGCAGGCAAAACACCAACUUUAGGAGGAGGAUUCCAUGCCAAUCUGGGAAAGGAGUCACGAGCACAAACUCUACAGAAUGGGAAACGUCAGAUUCACCACUUGGGAAACCAGCUUCAACUCAAUCAACAUUGUCUGGAUACUGCCUUUAAUUUUUUCAAGAUGGCUGUGAGCAAACACCUAACCCGGGGGAGAAAGAUGACCCACGUAAUUGCUGCAUGUCUCUACCUGGUGUGUAGGACAGAAGGAACUCCUCACAUGUUACUUGACCUCAGUGACCUUCUUCAGGUGAAUGUCUACGUGCUGGGAAAAACUUUCCUUCUGUUGGCCAGAGAACUCUGCAUAAAUGCUCCAGCCAUAGAUCCGUGUUUAUAUAUUCCUCGUUUUGCACACAUGCUUGAGUUUGGGGAUAAGAACCACGAGGUGUCCAUGACGGCUCUGAGGCUGUUGCAGAGAAUGAAGCGGGACUGGAUGCACACCGGCCGCCGGCCUUCUGGGCUCUGCGGAGCAGCUCUGCUAGUGGCAGCAAGAAUGCAUGAUUUCCGACGUACUGUUAAAGAGGUCAUCAGGGUGGUCAAGGUUUGUGAGUCUACAUUAAGGAAAAGGUUGACUGAGUUUGAAGAUACACCAACAAGUCAGCUAACCAUAGAUGAGUUUAUGAAGAUUGACUUGGAGGAAGAAUGUGAUCCUCCUUCGUUUACAGCUGGUCAAAAAAAAUUGAAGAUACAGCAGCUUGAGAAGGCAUUAUCAAAAAAGCUGGAAGAUUUUGAAGGUGAAAUAUCGAGCUAUCAAGAUGAAAUAGAGAUUGAAUUAGAAAACAGUAGACCGAAAGCAAAAGGCGUAUUUGCAAAUUUCACUAAAGAUGAUUCUAUAGAAGAUAAUACCUCUAGCAUACUUGGAGAGGAGGAGGCAGAAGAUGAGGAACUGGAAGCAGCUGCUAAUCACUUAAACAAGGACUUUUAUAAUGAACUUCAUGAAAAGGAUAGAGUCAAAAAAAAUGAAGAUGGGGAAUGCAAAAAUGGAAAUGAAGUUCUUGUAAGACCACCUGCACUGGAAUCCUUGCUUGGCCCACUCCCCACUGCAGCUAGUCUUGGCAUAACAGAGUCCAUAAAAGAAUGCAUAUCCACUAAGGACCGAGAGCCUGGUGAGAAUACAGGAGAUGGUGAAUUAGAUCUGAGUGGGAUCGAUGACAGUGAAAUAGAUCGGUAUAUACUUAACGAAACAGAAGCUCAGAUAAAAGCAGAACUGUGGAUGAAAGAAAAUGCAGAUUACUUGAAGGAACAAAAAGAAAAGGAAGCAAGAAUAGCAAAAGAGAAAGAACUUGGGAUUUAUAAGGAACACAAGCCAAAGAAAUCUGCAAAGAAGCGGGAGCCAAUUCAAGCCAGCACAGCAGGAGAGGCAAUUGAAAAGAUGUUAGAACAGAAGAAAAUCUCAAGUAAAAUUAAUUAUAAUGUGCUAAGGGACCUGAACAGCAAAGGAAGUAACACACCAAAGAAAGAGGAUGACAGCACUGAUGACAGCACCAACACCAAGAAGCUGUCAAGAAGAAAAUCUAUUGCCAGUAGGAAUAUAGCCAACCCUGUAAACAGUGUGGGAAAAAGAUUAAGACCCUUGAUUUCAACACAGCUUGCUAAAAAGGCUGCCACUGAAGAGGUCACCUUUCCAAAUGCACAAGCAGAAGCCCCUGACUUAGAAAAACCAGCAGCUGUGCUAGUGGAGAGUGGCCCAGUAGCUUAUAACCCUGACGAAGAGGUAGAAGAGGAAGAAAUAGAAGAAGAUGAUGAUCACUGCAUGAGCGCCUUGCAGUUAAUGGGAGGAAACGAUUAUGGCUGUGAUAUGGAUGAUGAUGAUGGCUAUUAGUUCCAUUUACUUCCAAAGGACAUAGACUGUGUUGUGUUCCCAGCAAAUCUUCAGUCUUCAAACUGUAUGAAUAGUGAAAGAAGCUGUCUAUGGUCAGCAAAUGUAAUUGAACAAUCCUUACUUUUGUAAAGCGAAUUUUAGGUUGGCAUUGACUCUGGUCAGUUUACAUUGACCCAUAACCCAGCAAUAAAGUUUGGGUUUGUACUUGAAUUUUUUUUUAUUUUGGUGGAUCAUAGUUUGAGGAUGAAAUUAAUGGGAGUAAUGUUUCCAGAGAACAAAAGAAAAGAGACAAAAUAGACUGUGUAUAAAGCAUGUGUGGCUGAAAGCAACACAUCUCUUAUUUAUGUGAGCUGCUUUUAGGCAUGCUGUUGAAAGGGAGCAGAUAGAAGGACGGAGAGGAGGACAGGUAAAAACGAGAAGUGUGCCUGUUGAUUAUUUGAGUACAGAAGCAUUAGUUGUCUCAUAAUGCUACAACCGAAAGAAAGAAAAUAUUUCCAACCUGUAUUGUAAACAUGACCCUGUUACUGUACACAAGCUUCCUUACCCAAGCCUAUCAAAAAUUAAUGACAAGUUAUAUAUUUGCAGGGCAGUAACGGUUUCUCUGAAAUGAAGUAAAUACUUCUUUAUAUUAAUAAAUUCAUAGAUUUCUUAAAAGAUAGGACAAUAGAAGGCAAUGUUGGCAGCGUAGAAUCAUCUUCCACUGCGAGUCCGGUGCGGUCUAUGUGGAAGGAGGGAGAAGACCUGGGUGAGGCAAGAAGUGUAGAGGGCAAGCCGGCGACAGUGCUGUGCUCACAUGCCUUUGCUGGGCAUCCCUAGGGACAGCCAGGUCUUGUUGCAGCUGGAAUUGCUGCAGGAGAGUCACUCUGGCCAUCUCUGUGGAGCUGCUCUUGUCUGACUGAGUUAGAGUGAAGGUCUGCUCCCAAGAGCUGCCUGUCUCUAAAACCAGUUGAAGGAAAGAGAAAGCUGAGCUUUUUAAUAAAUAAGCUAGCAUCUGCUUUGGCUGAAUUUAAUUUAAUGUAAUUUAUUUAACUUUCUGUGGGUAAAUAAAAGGUCACCGUGCAGCAGUCUGACUUUCAUGGCUCAAAUCCCACGCUUGAACAAGUCGCUGCUACGUGAAUAAUGCUGGAGCUCCGGCCCUGUGCGCCCCAAAAUGUCAAGAGGCAGCUCCUUCUCUUCCAUCAGCUCUCGCAAUGCUGUGAGAGCAGGGGUCAGGGAUGGAGCCCCUGUUGCCAGAUCCCACCCUGUUGUCUCUGACCUGCCUUUCCCUGGCACUGCUGGGUCCGAGGCUCUCGGCUCAGCGGGAAAUGCACUGCACUCUGGAUCACGCUCUUGACGACUGCAGCUGCAGGACCCAAGAUGUUUUCAUUUCUCUCCCUUGUCUGGUGACAAUCAUGAAAACUGUAGCGCUGCAGGCUUGUCUUGCACCAGGGAAAGAUGGAUAUUGAUCUUACCAAUGUGGUUUCUGUUAAGCUGUCUCUCCUGGUCCGCUCGUCCUUCCUACCCUUUUUGAGCAGUGCUCAUCACUAAAGCGCCGUCCAUCCUCCCGCGGCGGAGGGUGGAUCGUGGCAGGAGGAGAAGCUGCCUUAGGAAGCUCGCUAGCUACUGCCAGCCAGAGCGACGGUGACGCUCAUAGCUGUGGUCGUCACCAAAGAGGGGAAGGGCCCUACGGCCUUCCAUACUUCUUCUGUCCCUCUCAGUAGCAUGCCUAAGAGGGAUCAUAUAAGUAGAGCAAGAGCGAGUGCUUUUUUUAGGAGCAGACUUAAUAUUAUUUGGCUGGUAAAUGUAGUUUGUUGGGUAGGUUGUAUCUGCUAGAUGUUUUUGAGCCCUGUAUAGGAGUAUUUCUGCAAUGACUUCUUAAAAGCAGAAUUUGGUAACAAAUAAGAUGCAGUGAGGCUAAUGGGAAGAAGAGCUCUUCUGAACCAGAAUCCAGUUACUUAGUUUGCAGCACUUCAGUGGAAAGAAGAGAUUCCAUGUAAUUCUUAGGGGAAAAGCUGGCAUUUUCACCAAAAAAACUAUAGGUUUUUUUCUGAUACUUUAUAAAUACUGCACAGAAAAUGAUAUUGAGGAGAUAAACCUUACUACCUCUCUUUUAUCUACACUGUAAAUUAAAAAUCAUGCUAGAAGUGGACAAUUUUUUAAAAAGUAUUUUGUUUUAUCAAAGUUCAUGGUCUGCAAGUCUUUGAGACAGUUGAGUUUGAGCAUUUGGGCUUGAAUUAAUCUGCCAAUAGGAUUAUUACAAAUACCCAUACUCUCAGUAUAUUCUCAAAGCUUGGGUUUUAUUCCAAGGUACACAUUAUUCUCUAUGCAGGAAAUAAACAUGCAUAAAUAAACAUGUGUAUGACUCAUGUAGGUCGAGUGCUUUUCUCAAAUGCAAGAUGUUGGCUCUUAAAGAAACCGCCAAGAUGAAUUCUUUAUUGCUAAGGGUCUUUCCUCCAGUCUUCUGUGUAGAUUUUCAUUGGUUUGUUCCCCCAAAGGAUACUAAACCUGCUGCCAAUGUAGGGAUGUUAUGUGCAGGAGCUGAGAGUCUACCCAAAUAACUGCUGCUAGUAAAUUUGAAUUUCAGUAGCACAUUGCGUUUCUGAGAACAUUGUUUCCUGCACUGGAAGUAGAGGAUUGCAGUUUUUGAAUGCUCUCAUAUGAUUUGAUUAGGAAAGGCUAUUGCAUAGUCUGCUAGAAGGGAACUUGGAAAGCAGAAAACAAAAAGACCUACAAUUCUGUAGGAUCUCAGUGAAGUUAAUGGCAUGGUUCCUGUACAGGAGUCCUAAAGGAAAGGCCAUGGUAUUGGAUAGGCAGACUUUACUCUGAGCACUGUAAGACUUCUUACGCUAUAGUGGUUAUGUACAUUUUUAAUUUAUUGGUGACUUAUUGGGAUUUUUAUAAUGUUCAUUCCUUCUUGAUUUAACUAAGCUCAGGAAAUGUAAACAGAUUAGAACAUGCUAGUUUCUGUUUUUAUAGCUAGUCAUUAAAAUGUAAAAAGAUUAACACUGCAUUAACUCUGUUUACUACUGUUGAUGUAUCUGGACAAUUUUGUUGUAUGUAAGCGAGCCUAAAUUCACUUGGAGUAAUUUGGACCCUGCUUUUCUCAGGAUUCUGAUUAUAAUGAAGAGAGCUUAAAAGGCUUCAACAUUUGUUGUUCUUAGAUCUUCUUAUUUGAACCCACACAAGCUGUAUAUCAUCGGGUUUGUUGCAUAAAGCAUGUCUCUUGCUGCAAGUCGCUUUGCUUGACAGGCAAAACCCUCCAGCUGUUGCAUCCAGCUUGUCUGCCAUGCAGCCUUUUAACACUCUUGUAUUGUGGGAGUAAAAAAUGAAAUAAUGAAAAUAAUGGGAUUCUUCACUGUGGUGAGUGCAUUUUCAGUGUCUUAAUCAUCUAUGACAUUUCUUUAAAAUUACUGUGUUCAGUACAGCAACUUUUAAAUGGUGCCAGACAGCCUUGUCUUGAGGGUUAAACGUGUCCAUUGAAAAAGUUCUUGCCAUCGUGAUGGCUUGUUUGUAUUCUUUGGAUUGCAUUGAAACUCCAGUCGCAGAUGUGUACAGUUAAUGUAGAGUUUGCCUAAUAAAUGUUCUGUUUCUUAUUUUUGUGUUAAAUCCUUGCAUUUGGUUCAGUUAGUGCCAAGGAAAUUAAACCUGUUUGAUGUAAGCAUAUGUAUCAUCCUUAUACAACCAUGAUAUGAGCCAUGUUAAGCUUUUUUACUGUAAUAUAUUUGCUGUAAAUAAAACGUAAAACCCUUGCAUAACCCA